GACUUCCCACUCGUGAUGGGAACAGUCGACAGUGUGACACGACGGACGACAAAUGUGACAUUCUUCCGACAGAGAAGGAAGGAAUGUCAACCAAGUAAGAGUUGCAGGUUGCCCACGAAGAUGUGUCCAAUUCAUCCACUAGUUUAUUGGAGUCUGCUGAUUCUGUGGGCCUUUCAAAGCGAGACCACCAAAGGAGAGGUCUGCCAAGAUGAACUAUCAAUUGAUAAUCUCCAAGUGUCGAGUUUCUCAGGACAAAUGUAUGACUCCGUGAAUAUUGCCGAGGAUGACAACUUUCGCUGCUUCCUUUAUCCAACAAAUCUUCUCAACUGCUCGUGGAACUUCCCCACUUCGCUUCAGGAUGCUCAGCUCUCUAUUUAUAUAAGCAUUUGUGAUAAUAACAGCACAGUUCACUCCCUCAAUCUUAUAUCUGAAGAACAUUCUGGAUCAACUUCCAUUGUUCUGAGGGAACAUGAGAAGUUGUAUGUCAUCAUGCAAUUCAAUGUGUCCCUGCACCGUAAAUGGGCUGUCUACAACUACGUAUACGACACCGAAAUGAUGGAGGUCUUGCCUCCACCUGGAAACGUUUCGGCUUCAAUCAAAGAUGCAGGCCUUGUGGUGACUUGGGACAUGCCCCGCGGUCGUGCUAACUACCAACCCUCAUGCUUUGAAUACCAGUUGGAUAUGGGACACCAGGAAGAAUCACCAAUCCAGAGAUGCGAUCUGUUUUAUACAAUCCCAAAUGCCAAUCCAGAGUCCACAUACAAUGUGAGGGUCAGAACCAGGAAAACGGCUGGUUGUUUUGGGCCAAAAUUAUGGAGUGAUUGGAGUAACACUGUUACAAGAGAACAGUCAUUUUACACACUCAACAUCACGGUGAUCGUCGCAAUUGCAGUCGGAAUACCGAUGAUCCUCCUGAGUUUGCUGCUCUUCGUCCGCAAUCAGAGGGUGACACAAGUUCUGUAUCCCACAAUUCCUCGUCCCCCAUUAAAGUACAAAUAUUUCCUGGAGGAAAAUAAUGUAUUCAAUUUUUAUCAUCCCAAUCCAUCUGUGAAGUAUGAGGAGGAGAUUACAGUGGUGGAGGACACAGAGAAGCAGUUGAUGAAGUCAUUGUAAUGGCAAGGAUGAAGGGAUUAUUAUGACAUUGUCAUAAUUAUUCUUUCACAAUAAUAAUCCUUUCAU